AUGUCCAUUGCACAACAGGCACGACAACCGGCUCAAUGUCGCCAAUUCUCUUUCAAUUCAUAUUUGAUUACCCCCAAGGAGCUUGAUUCCGCCCUCAAGAAGAACCCGCGCACGAAGAUCUCCACCUCUCCCCGCGUGAUACCGCUAUGCGCGGCCUGGUUCAUGCCGAACGACCCUGAGGGUCGCAAGGGAAUUGACAUCUUCCGCAAGCAUCGCAUUCCCGAGGCUCGCUUUUUCGACUUGGAUGGAGUCAAGGAUCAUGAAUCGCCCUACCCGCACAUGCUUCCUACCGCCGAAACGUUUGCCGAAGCAAUGAGUGAGCUUGGCAUUCGCCGCGACGACGAGGUGGUCGUCUACGACACCGAAGAGCUGGGGAUCUUUAGCGCUCCCCGCGUCGGAUGGACCCUGCGAGUCUUUGGACACCCUCGAGUUCAUCUACUCAACAACUACAGGCUGUGGGUUCGCGAAGGAUACCCGACGGAGACUGGUGAGCCCUCCCAGCCGGAGAGGACCAACUACCCCGUACCUACGUAUGAUUCGAAACUCGUGAUCCCUUACCGGGAGCUGAAGGAGAUCGCCAAGGAGCAUAGGAAGGAGGGCGCAAAGGAAGUGGAGAUCCUGGACGCACGCUCCUAUGGCCGCUGGGCAGGAACCGAUCCGGAGCCACGUCCGGGGCUGUCGUCGGGCCAUAUUCCUGGAUCCCAAAGCUUGGCCUUCCAACAGCUUCUGGAUCCGGAGACCAAGACUUAUCUCCCGGGGCCUGAGCUACGCAAGAUCUUCGAGGGCAAGGAUAUUGAUGAGUCCAAGUCCAUCAUCAGCUCUUGUGGCACUGGUGUGACAGCGACUAUCAUUGAGACGGCACUAGGCGAAGCGGAGUUCGGGGAGCCCAACCUGCGGAGGGUAUACGAUGGCAGCUGGACUGAGUGGGCACAACUUGUCAAGCCGGAGGAGGGUCUCAUCAAGAAGGCAACGUAG